AUGCAGAGCCAACCAGACAAUGUGGCGUAUCCCAUGGAGCUACAAGCGGUUAAUAAGGAUGGAACAGUGGAGGUCCGUGUUCAGGGAAACGACGACAGUAGCAACCGGAAACAUGAGGUGGCGGAGGCUCAAGAGGAAGUACCGGGAGGCAUCAACUUUUGGGCACCACGGGAACUGCGGCUAAAUUACCGCGACUACAUGGGGGAGCUGCUGGGAACCUUCGUCCUGCUCUUUAUGGGUAAUGGUGUGGUCGCCACGGUUAUCAUUGAUGGGAAACUGGGGUUCCUCAGCAUUACGCUUGGUUGGGGCAUUGCCGUCACGAUGGCUCUGUAUGUUUCAUUGGGUAUCUCGAGCGGCCACCUUAAUCCCGCCGUCACCGUUGGCAAUGCGGUUUUCGGUGAUUUCCCUUGGAGAAAAGUCCCCGGCUACAUCGCGGCGCAGAUGCUCGGUGCCUUUCUUGGUGCUGCCUGCGCUUACGGAGUGUUUGCUGAUCUCCUGAAGGCGCAUGGUGGUGGUGAGUUGAUUGCCUUCGGUGAAAAGGGGACCGCAGGUGUGUUCAGCACCUACCCAAGGGAUUCAAAUGGUCUAUUUUCUUGUAUCUUUGGUGAGUUUAUAUGUACGGCGAUGCUAUUGUUCUGUGUCUGCGGUAUCUUCGACCCCAAUAACUCUCCUGCCAAGGGACACGAGCCGUUGGCAGUUGGUGCUCUUGUCUUCGCCAUUGGCAAUAACAUCGGUUACUCAACGGGUUACGCAAUAAAUCCGGCUCGUGACUUCGGUCCCAGGGUCUUCUCUUCUUUUCUUUAUGGUGGGAAGGUGUUUUCACAUGCAAAUUAUUAUUUCUGGGUUCCACUAGUUAUUCCAUUGUUUGGAGGUAUCUUUGGACUUUUUCUGUACAAAUAUUUUGUGCCACACUAA